UAACAGUAUAAAUUUGUUUAUCACGUAAUAUCCGUAUUUAUAGAAUAAGAGCGGUAAUGCUUUAUCCGUUGGUAUGAAAGUUCCGCUAGUGUAAAAUCGCUAGAUACUAACCUAAAAGUCGAAACAUAGCAUAGACGAAAAUCAGUCUGUACAUACAUGACUGUACAUUCGACAAGCUAGUGUGGUUAAACGUGUGUCGUGGCAAUUAUGACUCAGUUAAUAAGGGACGCUGCUCACUUAUUGUUCACAGAUGAAUGUUUGGAGGAAUACUUUGAUGACUUCAAUUUCUUACACGUGGGAUGCUUCAAAGCGACACUCAGCAAAGUUCUCGGCUUCGGAAUCAUUGGCGGAUCUCUCCUCGUGAAAGUACCACAAAUUGUAAAAAUCCUUCAGAGUAAAAAUGCCAAAGGUAUUAAUAUAUUCAGCGUGUUAUUGGAUCUCUUUGCUAUUACCGCAAUGGUAUCUUACAGCUUCAUUAGUGGCUUUCCAUUUAGUGCCUGGGGAGAUGGAGUUUUUCUAGGAGUACAAACUUUAACUAUCGCAGUUUUAGUGAUGUAUUACAGUGGUAAUACUGCCCAAGCAAGUGCAUUUGUUGCCGCUUAUUUAGCAGUAUUAUUUGCUGCUCUAAGCGGUUUAACUCCAGUGAGUGUUCUUUGGACUUGUCAGGCAAUGAAUAUACCCAUUGUUCUUAUCAGUAAGUUUAUGCAAGCCUCCACAAAUUACUCAAAUGGAAGUACUGGUCAACUGUCAGCAGUUACUGGUUUUAUGCUAUUCUUUGGAUCCCUAGCAAGAAUAUUUACAUCUAUUCAAGAAACAGGAGACAAGAUAAUGAUAUCAAUGUACAUAUGUUCUACACUUGCAAAUGCAGUGUUAGCUUUUCAAAUUUUGUACUAUUGGAAUGUAGAUGUAACAAAGGAAGAGAAACCAAAGAAGGUCCAAUAAGUAAAUUAUUAUGUAAUUUGUAUGUUACUGAUGUCAGAAUGAAAAAUAGUAUAUUAACACAAAACAUAAAAAUGAGAGAAGAUAACCAAACAAUUAACAUUCUGAUAUUACAGUUUUCGAAUAGAUAAACAAUUUAUUUUCACGAACUAAUAUUUCCUAAAGAGCCAUGCCACUUUUGUAGCAAAAAAGGUAGGAACUGUUUUAAUACAUUUAUAAUUUAAACUCUGAAAAGGUUCUAACGAAGAAAUUGUAGUAUAAUGAAUUUGUUGUUGCGUUAAUUAAAUUUUAUUGGACGCAGUUUGCGUAUACCAGAGACAAGUGUAGUAAAAAAAAUUUUUACGUCUCGUAAUUUCUAAUCUCUUUGAAUUAACAAAACAUUGUACGUCAAACAAUGGAGAAUGCAAUACUAAUAAUAUUACUCAAGUUUAAAUUUUCAAAUACUGUAAUAUUGACUAUAAACUACUUAUGACCAAUAUUUUUAUCACACAAAACCGGCAAAUAAAGAUACAAUGUAAAAAU